AUGAAGUUCUCCACAAUAGUAGCCGCUGUUUUUACAGCUGUUGCUUGCGUUGAUUGCCGUGUGACACCUGAAACAAACAAUCAGGUCCUAUUACAGUUUGAUACAGGAUUGAAGGAUUACAUUGUGGACGACAAGUACUCUUUAUUGCAAUUACAUAAGUCACUCGUGGACAUCUCCUCGGUUAGUUUCAAUGAAACUGAGGUAGCCAAAUAUUUGGAACAAUAUUUAACUGAUGCUGGACUUACGGUAGAGUUGCAGCUGGUGGAAGAACCAGCAUAUAACCUCAAGAACAAGAGAUACAAUGUCUAUGCUUACUUAGGUGACAGAAGGGAUACUAAAGUUGUGAUGACCAGCCAUAUCGAUACCGUGCCUCCUUUCUUUCCGUAUCGUGUUGAGGGGUCAAAGAUAUAUGGCAGAGGAACGAACGAUGCCAAAGGGUCAGUGGCUACACAGGUGAUUACAUUCCUAGACUUGGUUUCCAAAAAGAUGAUUAAUGAAGGAGAUGUUUCACUCCUAUUCGUUGUUGGAGAAGAAGUCAAUGGCGGUGGUAUGAAAUAUGCCAGUGACCAUUUGAAUGCUAAUUGGUCAAUUGGUAUUUUCGGUGAACCUACUGAGCUAAAGCUUGGAGUGGGUCACAAAGGUAUCUACAUAUUUGAGUUGUUUGCAGAAGGUAAAGCUGCUCAUAGUGGAUACCCUCAACUAGGAGUUUCAGCUACUGAGUUUCUAGUUCCCUUAUUGAAUGAUAUUCUUCAAUUACAACUUCCUCAUUCUACUUUAUUGGGACCUUCUACCAUUAAUAUUGGAAGAAUCGAAGCUGGCGUUGCUGCAAAUGUCAUUCCAGCCAAGGGGUUCGCUCAAGUAUCCAUCAGAGUAGCAACAGAUUAUGAUAAGGUUGUUGAAUCAGUUAAAGAGCUUGUAAAAGAUCGUCAACACAUAACUUUCAAAGAAUAUCAAGGAGUUAGACCACAAUAUUUGGAUUACAAGGUUCCUGGGUUCGAUUCAAUAAUAUUGGCAUACAGUACAGACGUUCCUAAUCUCACAUUACCAUUAAGCCAUAGGUUUCUAUAUGGUCCAGGGUCAAUAUUUGUUGCUCAUGGAGAUCACGAAUACGUCGAGAACCAAGAUCUUCUUGAUGCCAUUGAUGGUUACACCAGGCUAAUUGACCACGCAUUGCAUUUGGACUAA